AAAUCGGUCGAGGGUUCGUCUCCUUCUUCCUUGCUUCUCUCUCGUGAUCACUUGCUUGCUUGCAUGCUGUUUGAGCUUCGUGAUUUUUUUUUUUUUUUUUUGCGGGAAGUUGAUCUUUGAUUUUGAUUGUGAUGACCAGCGGUUGAUUCUUGCAUGCAUUGUUCUUGCAGAGGUGUGCUUUGCAGUUAUCGUAGGAUAAGCAAGGAUCGAGCAGUAGCAGUGAUCCUUGAGUAUCGAUUGGAUUGAUCAGCGGAGGAAUUAUAUAUAUAUAUAUAUAUAAUCGAAGAUGACGGUGACGCCGCGGAUCACGGUAAGCGACGGCAGGCUGGAGGCGCGCGGCCGGACGGUGCUGUCCGGCGUGCCGGACAACGUGGCGGCGGCGCACGGCUCGGGGGCGGGGCUCGUCGACGGGGCAUUCGUCGGCGCCAACGCAGGCGAGGCCAAGAGCCACCACGUCUUCACCUUGGGCACGCUGAGGGAUUGCCGGUUCCUGUGCCUGUUCCGGUUCAAGCUGUGGUGGAUGACGCAGCGGAUGGGCGUCUCCGGCCGCGACGUCCCGCUCGAGACCCAGUUCAUGCUCAUUGAGGUGCCCCCUGCCGCCGGCGACGGAGAAGACGGCGAGCCGGUGUACGUGGUGAUGCUGCCGCUGCUGGAGGGGCAGUUCCGCGCGGCGCUGCAGGGGAAUGACAGCGACGAGCUGCAGAUCUGCAUCGAGAGCGGGGACAAGGCGGUGCAGACGGAGCAGGGCGCGCACAUGCUGUACAUCCACGCCGGCGACAACCCCUUCGACACCAUCACCGCCGCCGUCACGGCGGUGGAGAAGCACAUGCAGACGUUCCACCACAGGGAGAAGAAGAAGGUGCCGUCGUUCUUGGACUGGUUCGGGUGGUGCACCUGGGACGCCUUCUACACGGACGUCACCGCCAGUGGCGUCAAGCAGGGCCUCCAAAGCCUCUCCAACGGCGGCGCGCCGCCGCGCUUCCUCAUCAUCGACGACGGCUGGCAGCAGAUCGGCAGCGAGAACAAGCCCGACCCCAACGUUUCGGUCCAGGAAGGCGCGCAGUUCGCGAGUCGGCUGACCGGGAUCAAGGAGAAUGCCAAGUUCCAGGCCAACAACGCGGCAGAGGAUGCCGCCGACGACGAGCAGGCGCCGGGCGGGCUGAAGCGCCUGGUGGCGGAAACCAAGGCACACUACGGCGUGAAACAGGUGUACGUAUGGCACGCAAUGGCCGGGUACUGGGGCGGCGUGACGCCGUCGCUGGGGACGGGGAUGGAGCACUACGAGCCCGCGCUGGCGUACCCGGUCCAGUCCCCCGGCGUCACGGGAAACCAGCCGGACAUCGUCAUGGACUCGCUCUCAGUGAUCGGUCUUGGCCUCGUGCACCCGCGCCGCGUCCGCGACUUCUACGGUGAGCUCCACGCGUACCUCGCCUCCUGCGGCGUCGACGGCGUCAAGGUGGACGUGCAAAACAUCAUCGAGACGCUUGGCGCCGGGCACGGGGGGCGCGUCGCGAUCACGCGGGCGUACCACCGGGCGCUCGAGGCGUCCGUGGCGCGGAGCUUCCCCGACAACGGGUGCAUCUCGUGCAUGUGCCACAACACGGACAUGCUCUACAGCGCCAGGCAGACCGCCGUCGUGCGCGCCUCCGAUGACUUCUACCCGCACGACCCGGCGUCGCACACCGUCCACGUCGCCUCCGUCGCCUACAACACGCUCUUCCUCGGCGAGUUCAUGCAGCCUGACUGGGACAUGUUCCACAGCUUGCACCCGGCGGCGGAGUACCACGGAGCAGCGAGGGCAAUAGGUGGGUGUCCGAUAUAUGUCAGCGACAAGCCGGGGAACCACAACUUCGACCUGCUCAGGAAGAUCGUCCUCCCCGACGGCUCCGUGCUCCGCGCGCAGCUCCCCGGCCGCCCCACCCGCGACUGCCUCUUCUCCGACCCGGCGCGCGAUGGCGCAAGCUUGCUCAAGAUAUGGAACCUGAACAAGUGCGGUGGCGUGGUGGGUGUGUUCAACUGCCAGGGCGCCGGGUGGUGCCGCGUCACCAAGAGGACGCGCGUGCACGACGCGGCGCCCGGGACGCUCACCGGCUCAGUGCGCGCCGACGAUGUCGACGCCAUCGCGCGUGUCGCUGGCUGCGAGGACGGCGCGUGGGAUGGCGAGGCCGUCGUGUACGCGCACCGCGCGGGUGAGCUCGUCCGGCUGCCUCGUGGCGCCGCGCUACCGGUGACGCUCGGGACGGUCGAGUACGAGCUGUUCCACGUCUGUCCCGUCCGCGCCGUCACGCUGGACGUCUCGUUCGCGCCGAUAGGACUGCUCGACAUGCUCAACGCCGGCGGCGCCGUGGAGGAGUGCGCCGUGAACGGCGGCGGCCGCGAUGCCGUGGUGCUCAGGGUGCGCGGGUGCGGCCGGUUCGGCGCCUUCUGCUCGCGGAAGCCGGUGAAGUGCCUACUGGACUCAGCGGACGUGCAGUUCAGGUACGACGCCAGCACGGGGCUCGUCGCCAUCGACCUGCCCACGCCGGAGCAGGAGCUGUACCGGUGGACGCUGGAGAUUCUGGUUUAGGCCGUGGCCAUUGGUCGUGUGCUGCCGUGCAGGAGCGAGGGAGAAAGAGGUUAUGAAGUGCCAUUGUUGGAGAGAGUAUGCUUUGCUACGCCAAUGUCACGUAUGAUAUGAAUGUUAUAUUACUGCAAAAUAAAGGUGGUGUCCUUGUAAUAUGACUCUGAUUGCCGGGUGUUGAAAUGAAAUGUCUACACCUUUCUGCACAAAACAUAA